CUCCAACGAAAGCUCCUCUCAAACCCAACCCACAACGCAACGCAAAAACCAUUUCUUUCCCCAAUCCCGUCCCGUCCUCCUCCUCCGAUCGACUUCCGACGGCAUGAGGACGGCGGCGGAGACGCAGCAGUCGCGGAUCCUCUACGAGCUCAGCGCGCUCGUGCUCACGAUCCUCCGGCCGCCGGGGGAGGCGGCCGCGGGGCCGCGGCAGGUGUCGGCGGCGGGGGUGGCGUCCAUGCUGCUGGGCGCGUCCAUGGCGCUCAUGCUCUGCGGCUCGCUCACCUUCAUGCUCGGAUUCUUCCUCAUGCCCUGGGUCCUCGGCCUCGCCUGCGUCUUCCUCUUCGUCGGCUUCCUCACCAACCUCUCCGGGAUCGGGAGGGCCAUCCUCUGCUGGCCCGCCGCGUGCUCCCCCUCACCUCACAAGGACGCCUCCACAUGGCAUAUGUUUCCCAAGUCUCCUCCAUUCAUGUAGACGUGAAGUCGAAUACGGAGUAUGCGCCCCACAGAGAUGUAUAGAAGCAGCCAAGUUUGGGCAGCACUGUCAGUGUUGCGAACUGUAUUUUCCUCCCUGGGCGACUUUUACCAUGUAACACUGCAGGUUUGAAACUAUAGCUAGGAGUAUACAUCUUGACAGCAAACUUUGUACAUACGGGAAGAAUGCUCUGGUGUAUUACGCAGGGCGUAUAAUUGUUUCAGGAGUGGAAAGCCUCUUUUCUUUCCGUAUUUUCGGAUAAGCUUGUAUCUUAUUCGCCAUGCUCUUGCUGCGGUUUGAGGGUAACAACUACUGGAAUCAGAUAUCUUUCCCAGUGGAAGGCUUGUAAUGCCACCUAUACUUGAAA